UUAUCUGACAGUUUCAAAACUAAAAUCAAGAAAUCAAACCCUUCUGAAAAAUAUAACUAGGUUAAAAAUAUAUUUUUUUCCAAUUAUACCAGGUAAUUUCGAAAUUGCGAGCCCUUUUUGGCUAUAAGAAAUUCCGAAAGGGAUUCGAAUGGUUAUAUGGACCUGAGCAGGCUUGUGUAAUCCAAGUUUUUGCAAAUCCAUGCCAGGUGUGCGGCCAUAAAGCAACGACAAGUUUAAGCCAGCGUAAGGACCUGUCCUAAUUGCUCGCCCGAGUCCUGCGAGAAGGCCAGUCCCAGGUAAAGCUCGUGGUCAGGUAACGCGAUCUGGAUCUCGGUGAACCCUUCCAGCCGUGGCCUAUAAGUUUAAGGGGCGAGCAAUUGCAGCUGUCAGAAAGAAUCGAACCAUCGGAUCAGUAACAACAUGGGCAAUGUCAUGGAUCGCAAGGUGUCCUGCGCGGAGGCAAGAAGCGUGAAUGCCGGAUCGCCGCCACCCCUUUCCGUCGCCGAUCCAACUGCCGCCUUGCAGGAGAAAAAGUUGGAUCCAGAGCUAAAGAAAAAUAAUAAACAGCCCCAGGAGUUGGUUCCGAACUUGACAUUCCACUUGUUCAGCUACAGGCAGCAAAUGGGCUGCAAGAAGCACCAGCUUCUGAAGUGGGCCACCUCGAAGCUCCUACUCACCGAGGAGCUCUUGAGGAAACAUAACCGGCAGCCCCCUACGAAAUCCUGGACCAAUUUCGAUACCAUUGAAGUGUCGGACGACGAAGAAGAUGAGGAGAACCGAGCUCCGGCCGCGGGCGCUGAGGAUGUUUUGGAGCGAGAGCUGUGCCACUUGAAGAACUAUCGCUUGGCGCUCAGGGGCACCAUUGUGGAGGUGGCCCAGGAGAAGAUGAAGAAGCGAGAGAAGAAGAAGCUGAAGCGUUUGAAACGCCGCACCCUGAUCUCCUCCAAGAAGCCCAGCAAGAAGGACAAGUACAAGCACUGUCAGAUGCCCACCAAUGAGUACACCCGUUCCCAGGACAACCCGCCAAUGGAGGUCAUUAUCAUCGAUUAGAAGAAGAAAAAAAACUAGAUCCUAAGCUAACUCCUAGUCCCCAAAAGCUAAUUAAGUCGUUGUCCUCGUUCUAAUUGUACAUUUAUUUAGCAUUUAGUCUGUUCUAGUCGGUAUUAUCAUCCAUUAAAAUAGUUUACACGAAAAAUUGCAA